AUGAGGCCUUCCCCCCGCCGCAACAAAGUCACCAAAAAGACGCCCAAACGUACGCCCAAGGGGCGAGGUGGUGACGCUCAAGGGCAUUUGUCAACACCGCCCUUCACCUCAACCCAGUCUCAGGAGUCUCAAUUCCCGUUCAGCCAGCCGGCUGGUGGUGACGCUCAAGGGCAGUUGCCAACACCGCCCUUCACCCCAACCCAGCCUCAGGAGUCUCAAUUCCCGUUCAGCCAGCCGGCUGGGGUUGUUCAAGCUGCUCCAAACGACCUUGCCGACGAUGACUUAAUUGAGGUUGAGGACGAUGACGAGGAGCCACCCGCGUCAGCUCAACGCCCACCUUCUGCUCGAAACCUUCAAUUUGGCUCACGUCCUCAACCUCCUCGUCUCCGCUCGGAGUCUCCUACGUCAUUUGAGACGCUUUUUGACGCUCGUUGGCGGGUGUUUUACACUGCUGGUCCUGGCAAAAACACCAAGCCACUGCCUGGCUGGAGAAACUCCAAAUGGGACACUCGCAAAGGGAGCUACCAAGUGGUGAAGGAUUGGGUUACGUCAGUGGUUGCAAUGCAGGCUUCUCCUAUGAAACAGAUGGACUUGCAGGUGGUUAUCUACCCGGUUCGUGGCCAGAAGAAGUACGCAAAAAUUGAGAGUCUCCAUGGCCUAGAGGACCUCCACUACUACACCAGAUGGGCAGUGUGUAUGGAGCUGGUAAACCAGCUAGCCUACGAGCACCCCAACGACGUCAUCCAGGUUGACUUUGACCUCACUCUCAUGCCUGAUACUGCAGCUAUCCUGGCGUCAGCAACCUCUACUGUCCGGCAAGAAGCUCAGGUUGCUGGCCGAGUUGCUGACCUCGUUGCAACAACCGUUCAACAACCUUCUGAGAACGUUAGAGCUCAACUUCGAGAGGUCCGAGAGCCAAGUUAUAAGAGGAAGAACACUGGGAACACUGCUGCUUCUAGGGACUUCCAGCAGCUUAACCAGACUCUCUCUACCCUAGCAACGUUGGUGAUGGCAAAGAUGGUCAAUGAUAUGGGAUCCCAGCUUCCUGGAGGCCUUCAGGGACUCUCUCAGCGUCCUGGUGGGGUUGCUGAUGAUGGAGAAUCACUCGAAAACGAGGGCUCAGAUGGUGGAGAAUCGAUGUAA